AUGAAGAAACCGAGAAUCAGAGAGGUUCAGACACUUGCCCGAGGUCACACAGUUAGUCUCACCCCCCUCUCCUCCUGCCUUCCCUGCGCACCAUGGCUCCGGGCCCUUUCUCCUCGGCGCUGCUCUCGCCGCCGCCCGCUGCUCUGCCUUUUCUGCUGCUGCUCUGGGCUGGGGCAUCUCGUGGCCAGCCCUGCCCCGGCCGCUGCAUCUGCCAGAACGUGGCGCCCACGCUGACCAUGCUGUGCGCCAAGACGGGCCUGCUCUUCGUGCCGCCCGCCAUCGACCGGCGCGUGGUGGAGCUGCGGCUCACCGACAACUUCAUCGCGGCCGUCCGCCGCCGAGACUUCGCCAACAUGACCAGCCUGGUGCACCUCACCCUCUCCCGGAACACCAUCGGCCAGGUGGCAGCCGGCGCCUUUGCUGACCUCCGUGCCCUCCGCGCCCUGCACCUCGACAGCAACCGCCUGGCCGAGGUGCGCGGCGACCAGCUCCGCGGUUUGGGCAACCUCCGCCACCUGAUCCUCGGGAACAACCAGAUCCGCCACGUGGAGUCGGCUGCCUUCGACGCCUUCCUGUCCACCGUGGAGGACCUGGAUCUGUCCUACAACAACCUGGAGGCCCUGCCGUGGGAGGCGGUAGGCCAGAUGGUGAACCUGAACACCCUCACGCUGGACCACAACCUCAUUGACCACAUCGCCGAGGGUACCUUCGUGCAGCUUCACAAGCUGGUCCGCCUGGACAUGACCUCCAAUCGCCUGCAUAAACUGCCGCCCGACGGGCUCUUCCUGCGGUCCCAGGGCACCGGGCCCAAGCCGCCCACGCCGCUGACGGUCAGCUUCGGCGGCAACCCGCUGCACUGCAACUGCGAGCUGCUCUGGCUGCGGCGGCUGACCCGAGAGGACGACCUGGAGACCUGCGCCACCCCUGAGCACCUCACGGACCGCUACUUCUGGUCUAUUCCCGAGGAGGAGUUCCUGUGCGAACCCCCGCUGAUCACGCGGCAGGCUGGGGGCCGGGCUCUGGUGGUGGAGGGCCAGGCGGUCAGCCUGCGGUGCCGAGCGGUGGGGGACCCCGAGCCAGUGGUACACUGGGUGGCACCUGACGGGCGGCUGCUGGGGAACUCCAGCCGGACCCGGGUCCGGGGGGAUGGGACGCUGGAUGUGACCAUCACCACCUUGCGGGACAGUGGCACCUUCACUUGCAUAGCCUCCAAUGCCGCAGGGGAAGCGACAGCGCCGGUGGAGGUAUGUGUGGUACCUCUGCCUCUGAUGGCGCCCCCGCCGGCUGCCCCGCCGCCUCUCACCGAGCCUGGCUCGUCUGACAUCGCUACGCCAGGCCGACCUGGUGCCAACGAUUCAGCUGCUGAGCGCCGGCUAGUGGCAGCCGAGCUCACCUCGAACUCGGUGCUCAUCCGCUGGCCAGCGCAGAGGCCGGUGCCCGGCAUCCGCAUGUACCAGGUCCAGUACAACAGCUCUGUGGAUGACUCCCUCGUCUACAGGAUGAUCCCGUCCACCAGCCAGACCUUCCUAGUGAACGACCUGGCAGCGGGCCGCGCCUACGACCUGUGCGUGCUGGCGGUCUACGAUGACGGGGCCACCGCACUGCCGGCCACGAGAGUCGUGGGCUGCGUGCAGUUCACCACGGCUGGGGAUCCUGCGCCCUGCCGCCCGCUGCGGGCCCAUUUCUUGGGCGGCACCAUGAUCAUCGCCAUCGGAGGGGUCAUCGUCGCCUCGGUCCUCGUCUUCAUCGUUUUGCUCAUGAUCCGCUACAAGGUGUACGGCGACGGGGAUGGCCGCCGCGCCAAGGGCACCUCCAGGUCCCCUCCGCGGGUCAGCCACGUGUGCUCGCAGACCAACGGCGCGGGCGCGGCGCAGGCACCAACCCUCCCGGCGCAAGACCGCUAUGACUCGUUGCGCGAGGUGGAGUCCCCGGCUGCUUCCACUGUCGCCGUCGAGGCGAAAGCCCCCGCGGCCGAGGCAGCUUCCGCGGAGCCGGAGGCGUUCCUUGGACGCUCUCUGGGCGGCUCGGCCACUUCGUUGUGCCUGCUGCCAUCCGAGGAAACUUCUGGGGAGGAGUCUCGGGCCGCGCUGGGCCCUCGAAGGAGCCGUUCCGGGGCCCUCGCGCCGCCAGCUUCGGCGCCCCCUACUCUAGCUUUGGUUCCCGGGGGGGCCCCGGCCCGGCCGAGGCCGCAGCAGCGCUAUUCGUUCGACGGGGACUACGGGGCGCUCUUCCAGAGCCACAGUUACCCGCGCCGCGCCCGGCGGACAAAGCGCCACCGGUCCACGCCGCACCUGGACGGGGCCGGAGGGGGCGCGGCCGGGGAGGAUGGAGACCUGGGGCUGAGCUCCGCCAGGGCGCGCCUGGCCUUUACCAGCACCGAGUGGAUGCUGGAGAGUACCGUGUGAGCGGCGGGCGGGCGCCGGGACGCCUGGGUGCCGCGGACAGACGCCCAGCCGCACGGACGCCGGGGCGGGAAGGGGGAGAGCGCAGCGCGGAGACUUCUGACGGCAGGGGAGACGCCUGCCUCUCCCGCCCGGCGCACCCCCCGCGGGGGCGGGGCUGCCGCAGGCUGCGGCUGGGCCACGCCCCCGCGCCCAGGGGGUAGGGGCGGGCGCCGGCCUCCCCUCCCCCACGGACUCCUCGCUCCCCUCCUGCCCCUCCCCCCGCGCGCUCGCGGACCUCGCUGGAGCCUGUGCCUUACACAGCGAAGCGCGGGGAGGGGCAGGGCCCCCCGAUACUGCAGCACUGAGACACGAGCCCCCUCCCUCAGCCCGGCACCCGGGGCAGGGGCGAGGGGCCUACUUCUUGUAUCUGGCUGGACUAGAUCCUAUUCUGUCCCGCGGCGGCCUCCAAAGCCCCCACCCCACCCCACUAACAUCCCCGGUCCCGUCGGGUCUGGCUUGGGGUCCCCCUUUCUCUGUCCUCCUCGUUUGUCUCUGUCCUGCCCUCUGUCGUCUGUCUUGCGUCUCUGUUCUUCCUUAAUUGUCUCUCCUUUCUCUGUCCCGUCGUCGUCUCUUGUCCCUCUUCCGUCCCUUAUUUUGUCCAGCCUCCCUGUUUCUCCCUAUUUCUUCUCCCCACUACCCAUUCUCCCGGGCAGGUCCCACUGGAAGGACCAGACUCUCCUCUAUUCCUUCCUCGUACCCCAAAUAAAUCCCCACAUGAACAAAAUCCAAAACCAAAUCCCCCUCCUUACCGGAGCUGGGACCCUCCGCCGCAGCAGAAUUAAACUUUUUCUGUGUCUGAG